AUGGGUGCGGGGAAAUUGAGAGGGUGCGGAGAAUUAAAAGCGCUUCGACAGGCUUUCUCAGAGAGGUCAAAGCGACAGGAAAAGUCCACAGAAGAAAGGACGGCUACUGCGACUCCAGAAUUCACCCCUACGGAUGAUUCAAUGGAAUUGCUAAAGCAGUUUAUUCUCAACACCGUAGGAACUAUGCUUAAUACUCGCCUGGAGAGCUUAGAGGCUAGACUUCCUCCAGCUGAAAGACUGCGGCCACCGCUUGCAUCUGAUGUAAGAAGAGAGGCACCAAGUACAUCAACAGCUAUCCGGAAUACGACACAACAGGUGUCCACAGAGGAAUCCCGGUUGGCUCCCAUCGAGAGGUCCCCAGAAGCUUGGACAACCGUGGCGAAGAAGAAGAAGAAUUGUCCUCAACUUCUCCCUUCCUCUCAAAAAGUCAAAGUGAUUCCGGCACCGCCUACUACGUCGGUGCUCGAGUCCUCAAAGUCACAGACUAAACAGCCUGCGAAAAAAAUGGAGCAGAAGAGAAAGCUAACUGCACCUCGUACUACUGCGGUUGUAGUUACUAUCACGCCGGAGGCUGAAAAGGAGGGGCUUACUUACGCGCAAGCUAUAAGGAAGGCCAAGAAUGUGGUCCAGCUCGAGGACCUCGACAUAGAGGGUGUACAAUUUAGGCAUAAAGCCACGAGGGCACGCAUCAUCCAAGUGCCUGGCGCUACCAGUGGCCUUCUUCCCACAUAA